UUUCCACGCCUAAUAGCUAUCUAUCUGAGAUGCUCAGUAUGAUAAGGGAUAAGUGUAGAUGUAAGAUAACCAUUGCGCUAAGUGUAUGUUUUAAGUCUCUGGUUACCCAGCACCAAGCAUAUCAAAUGAAGCAUGGCCAGCCAUCAAGCCAUUGCAACAGUUUUCAAAACAAACCCAAACCCAAACCCAAAGAUAAGCGAAUACCAAAGAGAAAAAAAGCAUGUAACACCACUUCCCAGCCUACUUUGGAUCCGCUAAAAGCACUAGCUGAUCUUAUGCAAUAUUUCCAAUUCGACCAGGCAGGCCUAGUCGCAGAUAGGCACACGUGGGAUUUAGGAGAUCUGACAAGCAAGAAUGUAGACCUGCUAUUUAAAGCGCUAAAAAUCAUGGAAGGGGUCCAGAUCAACUAUUUAGAGCGAAUAACCUGCUCGUUUUCUGAUAAGGCCCUUCAACCCAAUACAGACCAUCCAAACCUCUUGAUAGACCAGAUGUAUCUACUCGAAUGCUCUGAAGCCUUUGUCUUCGGUCUGUUUCGAGUGAUAAACACUACUCGCACCCAGUUCUAUAUUGAAUUUCCCAAUCACAAAGCAGAUCUGUCCAUCUUUUUGCAAGAGGUAGCGCAUCUAGAUGCAUCUAGAUUUGCGAUUAGAACAAGCAUGUGUUCUCUCCUGAUCAACCAGCCCGUCUUCGAUCGUACAGCGCUAGAUGUUUACAUUGACGGCAUGCUAAAUCUACCAGUUUUGUGUGACAGCUAUUUGCUCCCUUUAGAUCGAACGCUUAGCAUACUCGAAAUAGCACGUUUAUUGACUUGGGCCAACCACGAAUAUUGCAGGUCAUACGAUUGUUUUAUAGAUUAUGCGGUCGACGUCAAAAGACACCCACAACUCACUGCGUUUGAAGAAGACAUUUAUAGCAGGGUUCCCCCAUUGCCCGAGAAAAACGGCCAAGCCGAUUCAGCCUUCUAUUUCCUGCGGUACGUCACUGAAUCCCAAGGGUUUUAUAUCCACUACGUCCAUAGGGCAGUUAACAUGCCUCUUUCUGACGAGCUACAUGCCCUUGCCAAGAGUAAUUCCCAGGGCCCAGAGAUUCCCCCGGUCUACUACCCCAGCACUUUAAAAGUCACGAUUGAUAGCUGCAAUGAGAGCGAUAUAUUGUAUCUGCUUGGUCGUUUUAUGCUCUUAAUUAUCAGCAUGCGCUAUCAGCCCCGCCAUUUACACAUCAAUGGAAUCAGAUUGGCCAAUGACCGAAUGGAGAUAUUUCUAGAGUUCUUAUAUCGGCUUGACUUCAAAGAGCGUGAUAGUCUCCGAAAACCUCCAGAGCAUUGUCUCAGUAUUGAAUUGACAUGGAUGGACUUUGUUACCUCUGCUACUACUAAACACAUUCUCAUUAGACCCGGGGAUUCAGAAGAAUCAGAAGAAUCAGAAGAAUCCUCAUCCUCAGAAACUCCUCCCCCUAAACCUCCACGAGGCGCAAUACUGCCUAUUGACUGCCAAACGGCAACCCCCCCUAUUCAGCACUUACUAUCCAUCGACCAAUAG